UCACUUUCUUUCAGUUCCGCUGUCUUUUCUCUCUCUCUCUAUACUACUCUUCUUCUUCUUCUUCUUCCAUCUCUCUCUCUCUUCUCUCUCUCUCUCUUCAGCUGCUUAAUACCCAUCACCUUUACUAUCUCCCACCACACACACACAAAAGACACAACCCUUUAACUUGCCAUGAACCAAAACCACAUUCCACUCUUUCACACACAACCGGGGCUUCUACCAGUUCCGGGUUUCCCUUGAAAAACCAUGCCUUCCUCUUCUCCAAAAUCCUUCUAUGCACGUCCUGUUACUGCAUCAUUCUCAUCUCGCAGAUCCUCCGUAAUCAUCCUCUCAUGCCUCCUCUUCUUCGCCAUCUCCGGUUUCUUCUUCGGAAUCACCGCUUUUCUGAGACCGGUGAGGGACUCUCACUGCCUCAACGGCAACCCCAGAUCGGUUAAAGUGCUCUGGGACCACGGCGCCGCCACCGGCACCAAUCGUGGGGUUCAGGGUAGGCAUAAAGUUAUGGCCUUUGUGGGUAUUCAGACCGGGUUCGGAUCCGUUGGUAGGCGUCAAUCUUUGAGGAAGACUUGGUUUCCUGCGGAUCCGCAUGGACUACAAGGUCUGGAAGAAGCCACGGGCUUGGCUUUUAGGUUUAUUAUUGGUAGAACGCGUGAUAGAUCAAAGAUGUCCGCACUUAAGAAGGAAGUAGCAGAAUAUGAUGAUUUCAUUCAAUUGGAUAUUGAAGAGGAGUACAGUAAGCUCCCAUACAAAACGUUGGCUUUCUUCAAAGCAUCUUAUGCACUUUUUGAUGCGGAUUUUUAUGUCAAAGCUGAUGAUGACAUAUAUUUAAGGCCAGAUCGUCUUUCGUUACUACUGGCAAAAGAGAGAUCUCACCCUCAGACUUACAUAGGAUGCAUGAAAAAGGGUCCUGUUUUCACUGAUCCAAAACUCAAAUGGUAUGAGCCACUAUCUCAUUUGCUUGGCAGUGAGUAUUUUCUUCAUGCUUAUGGUCCUAUAUAUGCUCUUUCUGCUGAUGUUGUAUCAAGCUUGGUCGCUCUUAGGAAUAACAGUUUUCGGAUGUUUAGCAACGAGGAUGUUACCAUUGGAGCUUUGAUGCUUGCAAUGAAUGUCAAUCAUGAGAAUAAUCACGAACUUUGUUCUCCGGAGUGUACGACUACAUCAAUCGCUGUGUGGGAUAUUCCAAAGUGUUCAGGACUCUGUAAUCCAGAAAAGAGAAUGUUGGAACUCCAUGAAAAGGACAGCUGCACUCAGAGUCCAACUAUGGAAUCUGAUGAAUAGUAUUUGUCCUUAUAUUUAUGAAGAUACGGAAGCUAAGAAGGUACUUGAGGAAUUGCUUACUUUUGUGAUGCUAUACAGCUACGAGCUGCUAGCAUUGCAACCAUUUUCUAUCCAUUGAUCUUUCUCUUUCUAAUGCACAUUUCAUCUUGUCAGGGGACACCUUUUUGUGUUUUUUCUUUUUUUUCAUCUUUUAUUCCACUCAUUUUUCCCUUUUUACUUUUCUUACCUUCUUUGGGGAGGAAGGCUUUAUAUAGAGCAUAAGAAAAUUGAUAGACUUUACGGAAGAUGAUAUCAUUUAAUUUUACUAAUUUCCCCCAUUUUAAUGUCAUUCUUUUUGAACAUUAAAUGUACUAUUAGAUUGUGUCAUUCUUUUGAAGGAGGA